UCCGUGGUUGUCGGCAUACGAUAACCAACCAAUAUUGAGAAAAGUAAAAGUGCUAAGGUGAAUCAAUGAAGUGUAAUGAAAUGGGUAAGUCCAAGUAUCACCAAUAAUAAUAAUUAUAAUAGUAUAUUCUCAUUUUGUAAAUGAGAGACGCCAGUAUACAGGCAUCAUCAAUAUGAUAAAUUACAUAUACGAUUAGCAAUCAUACUUAAUAAUAAUGUUUUAAUAAAAUAUACAUUUUUUCCUACUUGUGUAGGACACACCAAAUAUACAGGCAUGGAUAAGCAUAAAUUAAAUUUCAUAAAUUCGGUUUAUGGUUAAGUUACAUGGUUGCUGGCGUUUUUGUUUUAAUAAUAAUUAUAAUAAUGUAUAUUCUCAUAUAAACAUAUAAAUUUACAUGAAAAUGCAUGCCAUUUUUUUAGGUCUGUGGGAACAAUAUGAUAACCAGUCAUUCAAUGGAGCACAUCAUGAAAUAUAGGAAUAUUGACUUCGCAUUAACAAAAAAACCCAACUUGAAGUUAUUCCACAAUAUAACAAGUCAUUCAAUGGAGCACAUCAUGAAAUAUAGGAAUGUUGUCUUCGCAUUAACAAAAAAACCCAAGUCUGUGGGAACAAUAUGAUAACCAGUCAUUCAAUGGAGCACAUCAUGAAAUAUAGGAAUAUUGACUUCGCAUUAACAAAAAAACCCAACUUGAAGUUAUUCCACAAUAUAACAAGUCAUUCAAUGGAGCACAUCAUGAAAUAUAGGAAUGUUGUCUUCGCAUUAACAAAAAAA